AUGAAAGUGCGUAAGUAAGCACCCCAAUUUACAGCAUCAGCCUACUUUAAUAAAUAGUUUAAGAGAAUAUCUCUAAGUGAUUAUAAAAAUAGAUAUGUUGUUCUAUUCUUCUAUCCAUUGGAUUUUACAUUUGUAUGUCCAACAGAAAUAAUCCAGUUUUCUGAUCGAGUUGAGGAAUUCAAAGCAAAUGGUUGUGAUAUUUUGGGUGUCUCUGUAGACUCCUAAUUUUCUCAUAUGAAAUAUUGUAAAUAAACACGUAAUAAUGGAGGAUUGGGUGAGAUGCAAUUUCCUCUGAUUUCAGAUUUAAGUUAGGAAAUCUCUAAAAAAUAUGGAGUCAUUAUAGAUGAUUCUGAAGAUCCAGAUUUUGGUGUUGCUUUCAGAGGGACAUUCAUAAUCGACGGAAAAGGAAUCCUCAGACAUUAUUCCAUUAAUGAUUUACCUGUGGGUAGAAAUGUAGACGAAGUCUUAAGAUUAGUGUAAGCAUUUAAAUUUACAGAUGAACAUGGAGAAGUUUGUCCUGCACAAUGGAAACCAGGAUAGCCAACUUUGGUUACGAAUCAUUCUGACCCAAAGACUUAGAAAUAUUGGAAUGAAGAACAUAUAAAAUAAGCUAAAUGA